CUGUAGUGUUGUCACUUUGCGCACAGUUCGGACACGUUUGGGAGCGUGUGUCUCUAUCUGUGUGUCUGUUUGUGUGUGUUCUCCUCACACCUCAACAUGAAGGAUCAUUAUGUGCAACUUGUUGUGGCUCACUGAAGAAGCAGACUCCCUCUGCUAAUGCAACUUGCACAUAAGAAUGAGGCAACAUUUAAAAAACACCUUGGUCAUCAACGGAUCGAGUUGAGGGUCGUCCGCCAGGAUGGAGUGAAUGUGACCGGGAGACGAGAGUCAGGAGCCGUGAGGAGCUGCUGCAGCGAAAAGGACUGAGGGAAGAGGGAGAGAGAGAGUGGGUGUGUGUGUGUGUGUGUGAGAGAGAGAGAGAGAGAGAGAGAGAGAGAGAGAGCGUGUGUUUUCAUAAAGCGGAGCUCGGCCGUGGGAGCAGAGCAGAGCAGAGCCGAGUGGGGGGAUGUCGGGCAGAAGUGGAGGAGCGCCUCGGGGGUGCAGCAACCCCAGCCUGCAGCCCCUCAAAGCCACAGUCCCAUACCAGCUCCAGAGGGGCUCCGCUCUCCUCUGCAGGGAGGUCAAGACGGCUGACAGGACGGCGGCUCGUCCUCCCAAACCCACCAUCCGCAGAACGCUCUCUUUGGACGCCAUCGUCGGACCCUAUCUGCAGGGACAGUGGCCCAAAGAUGCGGAGAGCGCGGGCGUCACCUGCGUCAACGACAAAGCCACACAGACUCCAAGUUCCUGGGCAGAGGAGAGCCAGGGAAGAAGAGGUGCUGGCGGACACAAGCGCUCAGCGUCGUGGGGAAGUGCGGAACACUUGAGGGAGGUGGCCAAGCUGAGGCACCAGUUGCAGAAGCGCUCUCGCCAUGCCCCUCCCUCAGCGGCGGGGCACGGGCUCCCCCACCCCCCCGUGCCGGCAGGUCAUGCGGCAGGCGUCGCUCAGGCAACGCCUCUGAUGCCACUGAACAGACUCGCCCCACGACUGAGAUGCAGCGUCGAAGGUCUCAACCUGGAGCUGGAAGACGUGUUUGGGUCUGAGAAACCGGACGAUCAACUUGAGGUUCUGGACAUCCCAGACGGCCACAGGGCUCCUGUCCCUGCCCAGAGGUGCAGCAGUGGGUCUCAGAGCGAGCCCUCCCCGGGGCCCCUGGACUCUUCCCUCCUGUCUCCCUGUCAAUCCCCCUGUCCUCUCGAUCCAUCUCUUCUCUCGCCUUCAAACUCCCCUCACACCUUGAACGCGUUGCUUUUAUCACCCUCACAGUCUCCCUGUCCCAUCGGAGAGCCAGAGCCAGUGGACUGUGAGUCUCUGUGUCCCUCUCCAUCGUCAAUGCUUCCUUCAUUUGCAGUGGAUCCUCCUCAGCUGCGGCCCUGCUCCUCUUCCCCUCAGCCCAGUAAAACCUACUCCUUCCAGCGCGAGCCACCUGAAGGCUGUGAGCGAGUUCGAGUGUGCGAGGAGGCCAUGUUUGCUGGUCUGGAUGAGCCCCUCCUCUGGCCAUCUUGCCCCGACCCAAACAAAGUGAACUUUACUCCCCACGGAGGCUCUGCUUUCUGCCCCGUCAGUCUCCUGAAGCCCCUCCUGCCCUCCAUGGACCUCCUCUUCCGGGGCUUGUCGGUGUCUCCUGUCACCGGCUGCCCGGGACAAGCGUCUCCUACCAGGCACCUCGGCAUGCAGUAGGCGCACAUCUGAGGAGAGCAUCUCAGGACUAGAGCACACUAUACAGCGGGGACCUGGAGAAACCGGAUGUGCUUUACAUGAAGUCACUUGGCUCAUCACUGGUGUUACAGGGCACCAUCACUGUGAUCAAUAGAGACUUUGAGACCGUUAUCAUGAUACUUCUGGCUGCUUUACUGAUUAUUUCCAACUGCAGGAUGUUUGGAUUCCGUUUAUUUCAAAGGCAGUUGAUUUGUUUUGUAAAACAGUUUUCUCCCAUGCGGGCUGAGGAUUAGACUGCGGGCCUUCAGCUUUGGAAAUGCUGGCAAAUGCUAGAAACAUUUUUGGCAGACAGAGGCUUUUUCCUUUUUGAUUUUUUGUUAUGUGCAAACAGCUCAGACAAAGACUACAGUCUGCUGGAAGGAUUUUUAAUAUCAAUAUGAGACGAAAAGCCACGCUCAGCUCACGUGUUGACAUGAGUAUUACUUCCUUUACUGUCGCCUGACCCCUGUAAAGCAUGGUUAAGUUGAGGUGAAGUUUCAGCUACAUAUUUAACUAAAUCAAAAUACUUGAUGGCCUACUUUUCUACAAAUGUAUUUGAAGCAAGAUUUAUAUUUUUGUAUCUUUGUAAUGAACUUAUGUGGCUGGUGAUGCUUUUUUUGUUCACUAAGGAAACUGACUUCUGUACAUUGGUGCUUUGUAAGCCGGAUACAGAGUUUUAGGAGCUUUACUCAGAGAUGUUCUGAGACUGUUUUUCCCUUCCUAAUGCCGAAUCUGAUACCCGGACAUGGCCUAUCAGCCAAUACAGAAUACCAAUCCAAUACCAGUGCAUUUAAUAGAAUAACAGCUUACAUAAUGCACUUUUGCCCCUCCUCAAAACUGAAGUCUUGCAUAUGUUGCAUGUCGCCAUUUUACUUGUGGAACUUUGCCGUGUGAAAUAUUGCCAAAUUGUUGACGUUUCAGCUGGCUCUGACAAAUGCUCCAUUAAACAGUUUAAUCUGGGUGAAACAAAUGGUAACUGCACAAAAAGAGUGAUGGGAAUUUAGGUUUGCUUACUUGACGAUACUCAAACUGGUAUUUACGGUUGUAUCGGAGGGUCUUUCUGAUGAUGGAACAUCUCUAGCCUUACUUGCCUCUGUGGCCAUUAUUCUGAGCUGUUGAAACCUCUAUAAUAUUUAGAGCGGGUGACACUGACGUUUUGUUUAAUCUCAGUGGUUGGACCUUGUGGCUCAAUAUUAAAUUCCCUGUUUGAUGUAUGUUCAAAUAGAUAAAACACUGUCUUUGUCAGAAUCGUCCUAUGCAACAGUGAUUAUUAAUACUGAUCCUACAGUAAAAACAUAAUAGAAUAAUCUGGUGCAUUAAACAAUUUGUAUUAUAAGUCAGCUCUGAGUUUUCACAGACUUGAUUAUUGCACCAAUUUCUUUAUUUUUUUACCCCCUUUUCAGGGUGAUACCAGUUCAGAAUAUUUUGUGUGCUUUUGCUUUUGUUCAGAAAAUAAAAUAUAUUUUUUGGACAUUCAAA